CACCUUUCCUUGUCUCUCUCCAUUAUUUAUUCAUCUAUUCAUUCAAAAUUAAUUGCACCUUCUUCUUUAUCUUCAUAUAUAAAAUACAACCUUGCAUUCUUCUAUUCUCAUCAUCUCUCACAUCUCAUAUAUCUCAAACUUACAAGGCUUUGUUUGGCAUAAUAAGCUAUUUUGGAAAUUCUGAAUUAUUUUGAAAGAAGAUGGAAAACAGUGUUGCAUAUGAUAAAGAUCUUAACAUGAAGGAUACUGAGCUAAGAUUAGGACUUCCAGGAACAGAGAAAAAUGAGAAAGAAGAAACAACACUUUCUGUCAAAGUUUCCAACAAAAGACCAAUGAUUGAAUCUUCAAAGGACAAUGGUUCAAAAACAUCUGAUGAAGAAGCACCUCCUUCUAAGGCUAAGAUAGUUGGGUGGCCACCAAUAAGAUCUUAUAGGAAGAACAGUUUGCAAGAAGCUGAAGCUUCUGGAAUUUAUGUGAAAGUGAGUUUAGAUGGUGCUCCUUAUCUUAGAAAGAUUGAUUUAAGGAUCUAUGGAGGCUAUGCACAACUUCUCAAAGCUUUAGAAAACAUGUUCAAGUUAACCAUAGGUGAUUACUCUGAAAAAGAAGGUUAUAAGGGAUCUGAUUAUGAACCUACUUAUGAAGACAAGGAUGGUGAUUGGAUGUUAGUUGGAGAUGUUCCAUGGGAUAUGUUUGUGACAUCUUGCAAAAGACUAAGAAUUAUGAAAGGAUCAGAAGCUAGAGGUGUUUGAGAAACAAAGUUACUAAGAAAAGUGAAGUGUUUUUGGUGUGAAGGGAGAAAAUUAAAACAAAGAACCUUUCAGCUUGUGUUGUCGGAAGAACAAAAAAACUAAAGGAUUUUUGAAUCACUGUAGAGUAUGCUAUGCCAUCAAGCACAACAUACCUAUCUGAAGUUGUGCUCUAAGGAAGGGAAAUGGAAGAUACAGUGCAGUUUCUUAGUUUCCUCAAAGAUUAAUUUCUGGUUAUAACUUUAGCAUCCAUGGUUGGAUUGGAUGCUAUUCUAUAUGAUAUGUUAAUUAUUUCAAUUUUCAACUGAUUUUUUUUUUUCAUGUUUUAAAUGAGAAAAUCUUUUAGAGAUUUGCUUCAAAUGAAAGAGAUACAAAAGGGCGAUGUUAAUGUUUAAUUAUCCAAGUUUUUUCUUGUAUAUCGAUACAAGAAUAUAUAGUGUAAUAUUAAUAUACCAAGUGUUGUAUAAAUUUCUAUGUUAUUGAAUGGACUAUAAAUUAUGCA